GGCGUGUGCGCGGGUCUGUGUGUGCGAGUGUGUGUGUGCGUGCGUGUGUGCCGCAGGGAACGGCGAGGCGAGCCUUCCCCCCCCCCGUCCCCAGCCCCGUCCCUCCCCUGCUCCCCCUCCCCUCCCCUGCCCGCCCCCGCCUCAGCUCCUUUAAUACACUUUGGUUCUCCGCUCGCCUUUGGACUCUGCUCUGCCUGGCUCCGGAUACGGCUCCGCCGGCGGCGGCUGCGGCGGCAUCGGGCCGGAGCGGGAGCGGGCGGCAGCGGCGGCGGCGGGGGGACGCGGCGGCUGCCGGGGGGAAGCGGAGCGGAGCGGCGGCGGCCCCGCGCCCGGGCGGGCGGGCGGCGGCAGCCCGGAGGCGGAGGCUGUAGCGGGGAGGCGGCAGCGGCGGCAGCGGCUGCGUCCCCGGAGCGGCGCGGACCAUGCUGCUGGACGCCGGCCCGCAGUUCCCGGCCCUCGGAGUGGGCACCUUCGCCCGGCACCACCACUCGGCCGCGGCGGAGAUGCAGGACCGGGAGCUGAGCCUGGCGGCGCAGAACAGCUUCGUGGACUCGGCGGCGGCGCACAUGGGCGCCUUCAAGCUCAACGCCGGCGCCCACGACCUCUCCCCCGGGCAGAGCUCGGCGUUCACCUCGCAGGCGCCCGGUUACCCCGCCGCCGCCCUGGGCCCCCACGCCGCUCAUGUCGGUUCCUACUCCGGGACGCCCUUCAACUCUACCCGGGACUUCUUGUUUCGCAGCCGGGGCUUCGGGGACUCGUCGCCGGCCGGAGGACAGCACGGCAUCUUCGGCCCUGCGGCCGGCAGCCUCCACCACCCGCACACGGACGCUCAGAGCCACCUCCUCUUCCCGGGCAUCCACGACCAGCACGGUCCCCACGCCUCUCAAAAUGUUCUCAACGGGCAGAUGCGGCUGGGUUUGCCGGGGGAGGUAUUCGCCCGGUCGGAUCAGUACCGCCAGGUUUCCAGCCCCAGGACUGACCCUUACUCGGCGGCUCAGCUGCACAACCAGUACGGCCCCAUGAAUAUGAAUAUGGGCAUGAACAUGGCAGCCCACCACCACCACCACCCAGGUGCCUUUUUCCGCUACAUGCGGCAGCAGUGCAUCAAGCAAGAGCUCAUCUGCAAGUGGAUCGAUCCCGAACAGCUGAACAACCCCAAAAAAAGUUGCAAUAAAACUUUCAGCACCAUGCACGAGUUGGUCACCCAUGUCUCGGUGGAGCACGUUGGGGGACCCGAGCAGAGCAACCAUGUCUGCUACUGGGAGGAGUGUCCCCGCGAAGGCAAACCUUUCAAAGCGAAAUACAAACUGGUCAAUCAUAUCCGAGUGCACACGGGAGAGAAACCCUUCCCCUGCCCCUUCCCUGGCUGCGGAAAAGUUUUCGCCAGAUCAGAAAAUCUCAAAAUUCACAAAAGGACGCACACAGGGGAGAAGCCCUUCCAGUGCGAGUUCGAAGGCUGCGACCGGCGCUUCGCCAACAGCAGCGACCGCAAGAAGCACAUGCACGUCCACACCUCGGAUAAGCCCUACCUGUGCAAGAUGUGCGACAAGUCCUACACGCACCCCAGCUCCCUGCGGAAGCACAUGAAGGUGCACGAGUCGUCCCCGCAAGGCUCCGAAUCCUCCCCGGCCGCCAGCUCCGGCUACGAGUCCUCCACCCCCCCGGGGCUGGUGUCCCCUAGCGCCGAGUCGCAGAGCACCAACAACCUCUCCCCUGCGGCGGCGGCGGCGGCGGCGGCAGCGGCGGCGGCCGUGUCCGCCGUGCACCGGGGCGGCGGCGGCGGCGGCAGCGGCGGCGGCGGCGGCGGCCACAGCGGCCUUUCCUCCAACUUCAACGAGUGGUACGUGUAGGGCCCCGCCGGACUGCUCUGCACGGCCCCGCCGCGCCCUCCCCGCCCCGGCGGCGGCGGUGGCGGUGGCGGCGGGCAGGAGGGACCGAGCGAGCCCGCCGGAGACACGCCGGGAGAUGCCGCCGCACCCGCCGGCAGCGAAAUGACGGCCGAGCAGGAUGGGGACAGGGGGCCUUCAUCUCCCCACACCCUCCCGCCUUCGCGUCUUUUUUUUUUUUUUUUUCUUUUUUUUUGGUUGGAUUUUUUCUUUUUAAAAACAUUUUGAACCAGCAAAAAAAAAAUUCCAAAAACUACGUGCUGAAAAAACAUAAGAGAAUGAGUAAAUCAACGGCGGAACGGAAAGGGGAGAGAGAGAGAGAGAGAGAAAGCCCAAUGCUCUACCAACACAUCACCCAGCUAAAAGCUUCCCAAGCCGGCGGAAAAAAACUCUCCCUCCGGAGUCUUCAGACAAAAGAUCAGAGACUCAAACUCCUCUGGUCCCCGCGCCUCCCCGCCCGGAGCAGCCAGCGCCCUCCCGUCCCACGAACUGUGUAUAUAGCGGCCCUCUCCUUCCUCCGGCGAGGUGGGGAACGAGGUUUUCCUGGAUUGUCGGUGUAUAGAAGUUCGUCCCGUUUGUAAACCGCGGAUUGGUCCCUUUCUUCUUCCUCCUCUUCUUCUUCUUUCUUUUUUCUUUUUUUUUUUCUUUUUUUUUUUAAUCUUACUUUUUUCCCCCUCUUUCUCCCUCCCCGAGAAAGUGAUGGACUUGUUUUCUUUUCUCCCAAUCUCUCCUUCCCCACUUCCUUCUCUUCUCCUUUUUUUAGUUCAUCCCUUUAAAAAAAAAAAAAAAAAAGUAACGUGGAAGAAAAAAAAUAUGGUUUCUUUUGUAAUUGUGAUAUCUUGAAUAUUGUGUUCCUUUUUAAGAAGCAACUUGAUUGUAAACUGCAUUUCAACUAUAGACUGGGGAAGAAAUACCGUGCCAAAGUCUCCAUUCUGUUACUCACAGACACACACACGAACAACAACGCUUGUGAAUGUAUUUUUCUGUUAGCUGGGUUUACAUGUGAUGUUUUAGUGCUUUUGCAAGUUCAAUUUGUUAGUUCCUGUUCGGAAGAUUGUGAGGAAAAAUAAACGUCGUGCCGUUAGCUUUUCCGUAAUAACGCCCUUCCUCCUGUAAAUACCUGUUACCAUAUUUAUCCAUUUGUAAUUAAAUUAUGGUAUUAACUUGCUACAGAGGAAACAGUAUUUAUAAAGAAUGUUUCUUAACUAUAAAUAUGUACAAUUGUGAGCAUAAACUGUUUCAGAUUUUUUAUUUGAAGGUUUAAGUGGUUUCAUCAUUUCUUGUGAUAUGUUUUGAGAGUAAUGCAUACAGAAAUAUAAUAAAACGUGUUGAAACUGCAC